AUGCAAGCGCCCGACUCCAUCCCUGCGGCGUGGGCGGGGGGUGGGAUGCCGCCCAGCGCAGGUGUGCUGCGUGUACAGACGCCGCCCGUCGAGCCGCCGCCACUGGUUCGUGCGAGCUUUUCAUGCUCGCCGCGGGAUUUCUGCCUGCCGAUGGAGACAGAUUCGCCCCGCGCGCUGACGCAUGCGCGUCGGCAUAGUGCUCGGCGUCUUCCCUCGAUUCCGCGCGACAAAAACAAGCUGCGUGUCGCGGAGCUUUUAAAGGACGAGCAGCGCCCGGAGGAAUGCGAAGUGCAGUCGGAGGCGCGCUUGCAGCGGAUCUUGCUGGGCCAGACCACGACGCAGGACCUGAUCUCGCGGCGCGCUCGGCGGAUGCGUGGGCAUCCGUACCCACCUACGUCUGACGUGCUGCAUAGGUCACGCACAAGCUCGCUAUGGCCCGGCGAUGAUGACGACGACGGUGACGACGACGCCGUCCACCUUCUCUCUCCUAUGGAUACCCCGCUCGACGAUACGGAGAUGGAGUCGGCGCCUUCCCCCCCCGCUGCAGCAGCGACGACGCCGAUGACCACCACCACCACCACCUCGACAACAGCAACAGCGGCUCAUGCUGGCAUGUGCCCUGACGAAGAUCUACAUACGCUGACCGACGACGAUUUGCACGUCCCCCUCCCCCCGCCUGCGACGUCGACCAUGGACGAGCAUGCAUGGGCCCGCAGCCCCAGUCCCCGACCUGGCAUGAAGCGCAAGUGGGACGACGACGUCCUGGCCGCACGACCUCGACGCCCCGCGCCUACCGCGCCGUGGCCCUCGUGGAUCGCGCCGCCGACGCACUCGCCACGGCGGUACUGGGGGACAGGCAGCGCCACGCUCUCCCUCUCGCCGUCGCCAUCGUCGUCGCCUCUGGCGCUGCAUGCCCACACCAUCCCACGUCGGCCGUCGCUUACGUCCAUGCCUAUGGCGUUCUCGCCGCGGGACGAGACGCCUGCCUACCUGGCCCGCUCGCCAGGGACGGGUACGAUGAUGAUGACGUCUACCACGACGACGGCGACGACGGCUGCGGCCGCCGCCGCCACAGGCUCCGGGCCUGGGUAUGGCCAUAGCGCUAUUGGGCUGCGCAUUGGCGGCGCACGAGCGAUCCCCAUUCCCACCGCCCAGGAGAAUGCCGAGAUGGACGAAGGCGUUCGUCAAUUGGGCCUCACAUAG